UGCGGACCGACCAUGGAAGGCCGUCAAAGUUAUCCACUUGCCGUGUCUCUUUUCUCGAUCAGAGUUAUGCUCCUGAACGUUCAUUCGCACACCUUCCAAGUUGGCAAAAACCAGCAUUACACGCCCUCAAUACAACCAUUUCGUGGUCUUCACCACAAAGUUCUGUCGUCUGUGAUGGCAUUGGAUGCACCCAGGAACCCAAGGUUACCAGUAGGGCGUUGGAUCUAGCGAGGCACUAAACCGCCUAAAAGCCAGGUCGCCAACUGUGAGACAGCCACAGGAUAAAUUGCACAUUGCACAAAUAACCACAAGAAGCGAGGUGAUAAGGCUGGUCUCUAUGGUAUAAGUCUCGCGACCACAGUAGACGUCGAGUGGAACUUCGAAUGC